AUGUUCAGAAGUAACACCCCUUAUCCUACCGAUACCGUGGCUGUCCCUGGUGGGCACGAUCUGUUCUGUGUGCAGCUGGAUGACUCAAAGCUGAACUAUUUCCAACAGCCACAGGAUAUCAAAGAAUCUGAUUUUUUGAAGUUUUUACACAAGUAUGGCAGACAAUCUUUCUUAGCACCGUCACAAGUCCAGCCAUCAUUCUCUGCCUUUUACCGGGCUGGUGAUCCAAUCCUAAUCUACUUUGAUUCAUCAUCUGUACUGAGCACGCUUAGACAACCAGUAAAAAUGGGAGCCAGUGGACUUUGUGUUGAUGGAAAUUCUGCUGGCUUCCUGGACAGUAAAAGCACAAGCUGUACUCGGAUUUUUGCCAACUUGAGCAAGAGCUGCAUUACUGACCCUGCCCUCGAUGCUGCCUCCUACUACCGUGACUUCACUGUGCUGAAGGUCCCAAUUAAUGACACCAUUGUGCCAUCCAUGAAGGUAAAGGUCACCGCAGUCGCACCACCUGGAGCUCCCCACAUGAAAAACAACACAUGUAACAAUGUUGUUUCUGAGGUCAUCUAUGAGAUAGAAUUCAGCGGCACACGUGGGAUUCAGAGUGUUUCUGUCCGGUUCAAAGUGAGCAACAUCUCUGGGAACUCAGGAUCCUCUCUGCAGCAGCACUUCACUUUGCACUUCUGGACCAGGACCCUUUCUCAUAUGUUGCCUAGAAGUGGAAACCCUGGCUAUAUCACUGGAGCACCACUGCUGAUUGCAAACAGUGGUGCCAUGCAGCAUAUGAGCAUUUUACAGAGCAAAGGUGAUGGAAGUUGCUCGCAGUUCCUCAGACACACAGUACAAUUUGGAAGAAAUAUGAGGACAGGCUGCAAGCUCAGCCUAUCCCCAAUACUGGAAGAAAGUAACUGUAGUUACAUCCAGCAGAAGUUAUACAAGGCUUUUCAGGGGAUUAACAUAGCAGGCAACCUUGCUAUAACUGCCAGUGCUCAUUCAACCCAGGCAGAAGAGUGGAUGACCAUUCUGAUUCAGAGCUGCAGUGUGCAGGCUGUGAAUAGCACUUCCUAUUGCAUGGUUCCUGUGGCCCUGGAGAUACAGAUACUGUGGACUAAGGUGGGCCUCCUGUCCAACCCACAGGCUCAAAUACUGGGUGCACGGUACCUUUAUCAGUGUCGCCCCCUGAAG